GAGCUUUGGCAUAUUUUGAAGAGAGAAAAAAAAAAGAGAGAGAGAGAUCGGAAAAAAUGAGUGGAACAGUGAAGAAGAUAGCAGAUGUAACAUUCAAGGCAGGUAGGACUAUUGAUUGGGAAGGUAUGGCUAAACUUUUAGUCACCGAUGAAGCUAAAAAGGAGUUCUCUAAUCUCCGUCGUGCUUUCGAUGAUGUUAACUCUCAACUCCAAACCAAGUUCAGCCAGGAGCCUGAGCCCAUAAACUGGGAAUAUUACAGGAAAGGAAUUGGUUCUCGCUUGGUCGACAUGUACAAAGAGGCCUAUGAAAGCAUUGAGAUCCCCAAGUUUGAGGACACAGUUACUCCUCAAUACAAACCCAAGUUUGAUGCCUUGUUGGUGGAACUGAAAGAAGCUGAGAAGCAAUCUCUUAAGGAAUCUGAAAGAUUAGAAAAGGAAGUUGCUGAAGUGCAAGAGUUGAAGAAAAAACUGAGUACCAUGACUGCAGAAGAGUACUUUGCGAAGCAUCCUGAGUUAAAGAAGAAAUUUGAUGAUGAAAUUCGAAAUGAUUACUGGGGCUACUAGUUGGUUUCAUGGACAGUUUUCUGGAUCCCCUUUGGCGUGGAUUCUGAGUGUUCAUCUGUUGUUUUAGAAAUAAAAGCGAAGAAUCAAUUGGUUUGUCUUUUCAUUUGCUGGGCUAUUUUGAAGAAUUUUAACUGCUACAAUGCACUUCAGCUCUGAGAUAAAUGUAGCCUCUGGUUGGAGGACAAAGAUGUCUUGAGUGGACAAGUAUAUCAUAAUUCCAUUUCUGAAGAAAUCUUGAAUUCUUUCAUACUAGAA